AUGUUGUUUGCUCAAGAGCAUUCCGCGCAGGCCGGAGCUGGCAGACGCGGGUUGCCCGGCAUUAACAGGUCGGAGCGUAUCAGGGGACCAGUUUGGGAUGUUUCGGAAAAAUUGCUCCGUUUAAGAGUUGUCCAAGGCUGCCAAGCUCGAGUACAUGAUGUUUGCACCGCAGCUGCUGCUGCCACCGUUGCGGCCAAGUCUGUUGCAACAGCGGUUGAGAGGACGCACUACGACAACAAGUGGCAAUUUGCUGAGCCGAGCUUCUUCUCCUGGCUUUGUGAUGAGCUGAACAGCCGCCCUGAUGAGGAGCAGUUGCCCUACGUCCCUCGAAAUCAUCUCCUGGAGGUGGCCAAGGUACCCAGACAAUUGGAGAAGCUGCUGCUGCUGGGGUUCCUGCUGUGUCUGGACAUCUUAUUGCAUGAGCUGAGCUUCACCCCGCUACAGGCGGUCCGCUCGUGCGCGCAGCUGCUGCUCGGAGUGCGGCAGUGGGGCUGUUGGGACCAUCGGGGAGGCAUUCAGGAUCGUCCACCAGCUGCUUUGCUUAACCAUGGCUCCAAGAAAUCCAUGCUGAACAUCACGGAGCAAGGUUUAGGAGUUCUAAUCUGCCAUGUUCUGAGGAAUGUCACGUUGAUGCUCCUGUUCUUCGACGUCGCAUGGAUGUAUCACUAUAUAGAAGGAGAGUCAUUCCUGAAACUCUAUGUCCUCUUCAACAUGCUGGAGAUGUUCGAGCGCUGGCUCCGUUCUGUCGGAGUGGACUUAUUUGACCUUUUGCUGGCCUCGAUCCGACACCCUUGGUACUCCCUGCUGUCCAAGUACGGUGCGACGCUGGUUUACUGCUUCGUUCAUGCCACCAUACAUCUGGUGCGGGUCAUUCUGCUGAAUGUGGCUAUCAAUACCUCCAGCAACGCCGUGUACCUCAUCAUUGUCACGAACAACUUCGCGGAGAUCAAGUCUACCGUGUUUAAACGCUACGAAGAGAAAAGCCUGUUUCCAAUCAUUGCGAGCGAUAUCGUGGAACGCUUCUAUGUGAUGCUGGACAUUUUGUUUGUCAUAGCAAGAUUGAGCAUCUCAGAACCUUCGGGCAAGUUCACAACUAUUGACAUCUCAUUUUGGUUAUUGCUGCUUGUGGUUCUGGAAAUUGGUACCGAUUGGAUCAAGUUCUGUUUGAUUACGAAAUUCAGUGAGAUGCAGGCCAAAACCUUUGAGGUCUACUGGGAAGUGCUCCUGGCUGAUAUCUUGCUCUGCCGAUGUGGCAAGCUGGGCAACAGCCAGGCCUGCGCCGCCGUUCCGGGGCAUCCACUCUUUCAGCCAUUCCUUGCAGCGACGGCUCGGCUUCAGCGGCGUGCCAAUGACCGCCCCUGCUUCAGAGCCACGAGCGAUGACGAGGGGGUGGUCGUGGUGUUUGUGGUGGGCUUCUUCCUCGUUUGCAUCCUGUCGAGCCUCGGCAAAAGGCCGAACUUGCCAGAUGCCGAAGAAGGGCUGUUUGUAUCUUCCUCCUGGGCUUCGCUGCGCGACGGCGCAGCCGUAUUCCGCGAGGCACUGCAGCUGACCAGAGUCAUCAUGGACUCGAUGUUUGCCUUGACGCUAAGUUGUGCGGACCCAGCAGGAACGGCGGAACCGGCGGAAGCGGAUCGAGUGGCGGCGGCGGUAAUGUACCUCGGCAAAGCGUGCUCUCAAAUGCCAUCGAUCCCCAGAAAGGAGCGGCAUUUUCUUCUGCAGUUGCAGGCCCUGCUGAAGCAGCUCGACCCACCCGCGCGCCGUCGGGUCAUCAUGGAGCGCCUCACGCAGGCGCAGCGUCUGGCCCUGGAGCGCUACAUGCUGAGUGCUCCGGAGGGUCGUGUAAAGCGCAGCCGUGCUAGCAGGGCAGGGCACCUGGAACUCCGAAGGAGUUGUCAAAAGCUGGAAGUGCAGCACCGGCCCCUUGCCUCAGCACCGAUGUCGGACACUCCCAUAAUCGAGUCUCGUCCCAAAAUCGGGAUCGUCGUUUUCCACUUCCGCCGGCUCCACUUCCUUGUCUCGACCGUUUUCAUCACACUUGAAAAUUGCUAUUGCUGGAAGCGAGAGACACUGCUGUUUCGUGUGCUGGUAGAGACAUUGCCUGUGGACGGGCUUGGUUUUGCUCUUAUUUCACCUCAAAGCCCGUCUGGCAUGACAGUCACCUGUGAGAUGUGGCAGCCGCCCCGAGAGCUUCCUGGCGUCAAGUCACGGAAGCGUCCGAUUUUUGAGAUCUCCUUCGGCUCCUUGCAUGACGCAGCUGGUGUUCACCGUGUGUCUGGCUUGAAGCUCACGCUUGAGAGCCGAGUGGCCGCCGUGGGGUCCGGUGGCCGGGUUGCCCUGCAGCUGCUGCUUGGACAGCUGGCGCUGAAGGGUGGCAAGGUGCAACGCCACGAGGCCCUAGAUGUGGCCCGCCUUGGUGCCCACUUGGUCGGUGAAGAGGCCUCGGAAGCAGAGUGCUUCCUGGCAGCUGCCGAAGAGCUUAAUGCGCGCAGGCCUCAGGUGGUGGUGCUGGAGAUGGAGGGCAGCCCCAAGUGGGAGAAGGUUUCCGUGCAGCUCCUGGAGGCUUUGCGUGGCUUCCGUGGAGCUGUGGUCAUCGCAGCAGAAGAGGAGACGAUGGAGACCGACUGCGUGAAGUCGAUGUGUUCUGUCUGCUGGCGCAACGCUGCGGGCUGGCUGUGGCAGGAGCCUCUGAAGCAAGACCUGCUGGUGUUGGAUGAUGUCAAGCCCGAAGAAGCUGACGAAGAGAUCACAGCCAUGUUGCAGGAGGUCCGUACUCUGUCAAAGGAGGCUUUCUUUGGCGAGGAUAGCGUCCAGAAAGCCGCAGACAGAGGCUGGACUCUGUCCCUGUUGGUGGACGUAGAGUCUGAGCCGAAGCGUUUUUGCGGCUUCAUUUGCUAUGAUCUCAGCACAAAGAACGCAGAGUUCCAUGUCGCGCGCAUCGCCGUGGUCGCCAGGAGCCGUGGUCGCGGAUAUGGAAAGCACUUUAUGCAGUGGAUGCUCAAGAGGUGUGCCAUGCUUCCACGCACGCAGUGCGCAUGGAUUUCUCUGAGCGCUUUGGACGAAGCCGUGCCGUUCUAUGAACACUUCGGCUUCACAGACAUGACCUGCGACGACAUUGAUGACGAUGAGCACAUUCAGACGUGGAUGGAGCUGAAAAACAUCUCGGUAGCUCCGGAGGAACCUGACACGUCGGAUGAUGAGUGA